GUUCGCUCCUUUCCUUCCCAUACCUGUCUUUUCUCAUUUAAUGUGCAAUAGAAACAUACAUAGUGUUACUGCGUUAGCCCGUUGAUUAAAAAAUAAAUAAAAGGGGUAGAUUUGAAAAAAAAAAUAAUCAAUAUUCCCUUCUUCAUAAAUCGUUAUUUGGGUUUAAAAAUUGAAGCGAUUCAAUCAUCUGAAUUCUUUCAUCUAAUUAGUCACUCUCAAAAUAGAGAAUCGGUAGAGAUUGAAAACUGAGAAUGGAGAAAAUACAAAAUUUGAGGUAUUUUUGCUGCGAUGUUAAGCUGAGAUUGAAAUAUAAUGGAAGCAUUGCAUCCAAGAUCGGUGAAAAUGGGAGUGAACUGGUGACUCAAAUUAUAAAUAAGAUGGAUAUUAUUGAAGCUCUUAUUGGUCAGGCCGAGUCACAACUUCUAAUACCUGGUGGACUCGUCGAGAAUAAGGCUCUAGAACGAGUUAACAAUGCCAUCAAACGAGUCGAAACCUUCCUUGAACAGAAAACACACAACAAGGAGGAGGGUGUUAAAAUUGCAGAGGAGCUAUCACAGUUGAUGAAUUGGGUGCCUUUGGUUAUUGAGGAAGAAGGAAGUUGGAGAAAAGAUGAUAAAUACAAUAUUUUACAGAAGCUUAGUGAACAAAAUGACGAUCAUGUAUCAGUAAUUCCUAUUUUUGGUAUGCCUGGGACAGGAAAAACAGCUUUAGCUCAUCAUAUUUAUCACAGCAGGCGUAUUGAUACUCAUUUCGAUGUAAGACAUUGUGUUAACAUGUCUGACAAAUUUGAUGAAGGUCCGAGUAAAUUAUUGGAUCAUGUCUUUAGACAUCGAACUUCUGACAGUGAAAUAAUCAAGAAGUUCCAUGAUUUAGUUGAUCGGAAAAAAUAUUUGCUUAUAUUAGAUGAUGUAACACAACCAGAUCUUAGGGUUGUAUUGGAUGAGUUAUUGGGAAAGGUUGGCCGUGGAACCAAAGUUGUCUUAACUACAUCCCAGGAAAAUAUACUUGGUCCUUUGCAAUUGCAUAAGGAUGCCAUUUAUAAGUUGAAAGCCUUAUCUGAGGACGACUCUUGGACUUUGUUUAAAGGCAUAGCGUUCAGCAAAGAAGAUCAAGCGAGUAAUCAAGUUUUUUCUGAAAUUGGUUUAGAAAUCUGUAAGAAGUAUGCUCACAUACCCCGGCUUUUGGAAAACAUAGCCGCCUUUCUCUCUUGUAAAAAAGAAAAGGAAUGGUGUUAUUUUCACGAAAAUGUGUUGGGAAGCAUACAGGAUCCAUUGGACUGUAUUCUUUUAAGGGUAAACUUCAGAAGCUACAAAGACCUGUCUUUAAACAAUCGACAAUGUUUGAGUUUGUGUUCGUUGUUUCCUGAGGAUUAUGAAUUUCAUAAGGAUGACCUUACUCAUCUUUGGGCUGCCUUAAACUUUUUAACUGAAGAGGAAAAGCAGGAGGAAUUGGUUGGUUAUUCGUCGUUCAUGGUGUUGCACAAAUUUGGGUAUCUCUUGGAACAAAGAAAAAGUGAUAGCGAUGAGGAUACGAUUAGCUACAAGAUUGAUCCAUUAGUGAAAGAGUUCCUCAUGGAUGUAGUGAAUCAUGAUGAAUUCCAUUCUGGGAAUGAAAAACCAGAGAAAAUUGAAGGUAUGAAGCAUUUAAGUUUUAUCGUUGACUCUAAAUGGACUGCUCCGCCAUGGCUGUCAGAUGUUUCACAGUUGCAGUCUCUUCUUUUUCUGCCAAGUAAAUCUCGAGAGUUUGCAUCAAUUCCAGAUCUUUCUCAAGAGUUAUCAACUUUGAAGCAUUUACAUGUGUUGGAUUUGGCUGCUGCAUAUUGUGCAAACCUUGGAGAUUUCUUGGAUGAUAUGCAAGAGCUAAAAUACCUCCGCGUUGGUGUCUCUGUUGCAUCACUUCCUGAAGGCGUCACUAAACUGACGAAGCUGUGCACAUUGGAUCUCCGGCCUUCUAACAUAUUGGUAUUACCCACAAGGUUUCACAAAUUGACGCAAUUGAGGCACUUGUAUACCGGGGAUAGAUUGAUCGAUUUGCCUCCUAAAUUUGCGGAAUUGACUUCUCUCCAAAAGUUAGAUGUGUUCAAAGUGGGAGAAAAUAAUAAAUUAGAAGCACUAAAUAAAUUGAAUGGUCUUGUUGGGAAGCUAAAAAUCCGUUACUUGAAGUAUACCCAAGACCAAGAUACAUUGAAGGGUAUCACUAAAACCUUGAGGAACCUUUACCUAUCUAAUCUAUCCGUGGUAUGGUCAUCUGCAAAUGUGAGUCAUUAUAUGAAACCCCCUCAUGAUGUUGAAAGGUUUGUAGAUCCCUUUCGGAAAAACGAGCAGCUUUUUCAAGACUUGAGCUCCCUCCAUGGCCUUGUUUCUAUACGUAUCGAGCCUUGCAGCUGGUGCAAACAUCUUCCAGCUUUCAGUUCAUUGCCUCAUCUUAGGUCCCUUCAACUUUGGGGUCUUAAUGAGUUGGAAUACAUAGAGAUCCGGGGGAAUGAUGGAGAUACGCCAUCUACAGAACAUUACUUCCCAUCCUUGGAGUAUCUGAUGUUGGCUAACUUGCCAAAAUUGAAGGGAUGGUCACGUGAGGACCAUAAACAUCUUGUUUUUCCUCGUCUUCUUCAACUAAGAGUAAUUGGCUGCCCAAACUUGAAGGGGUUUCCUCAUAUGCAAAGGCUCGAAUCUAUAGAGGUACAUAACAUCCUAGCAGUGCUGCUGAAACAGAUGCUGUCGUAUCAGGAAUCGCUUUCAAGUUCUUCAACUUUGAAGACAUUGAUAAUUGUAUCAGUUCGUGGAUUGCAUUCUCUCUCUAUCAAUCUAUCUGCCUUACAAUCCUUGACUAUCAGGCAAUGCUUAACGUUAACAAACUUGGUUAUUGAACCUCCAUCAAUCCUCAAGCUGCUUGAAGUUUGUGAAUGUGCAAGCUUACAUAUUAGUGGUGCACCGAAACAUCUUUCUUGCCUAGAAAAAUUGGGAAUCAUAAGGUCAAACUUGGGGGAUAUGAACCAGGACGAUGAUCAUGACGCUGGGGAUGCUUGGCAAGGCCUCCAGAGACUCCGGCAUUUGAAAUUAAUUGACAUACCCGACUUGGAGUCAAUACCGAACAGCAUUGGUAGCCUAACAACACUAGAGGGUCUAUGUUUGCAAUCAAUUUCUAAAGUGAAAGCCCUUCCGGAUUGGCUUGGCGACCUUACUCGACUUCAACGGCUCACCAUCAAAAGCCUUCCCCUUUUAACGACACUUCCUGAAACACUUGGUCAGCUCUCUUCUUUAAAGCAACUUGAGGUUCAAUGUUGCCCAAAGCUGAAACAACUUCCCAACUCAUUUGCUAAUCUCAUGUCUUUGGAACAACUGGAUAUUCGCGAAUGUCCAAAGCUGGUGAAAAGAUGCCAACAGUCUGAUGGCGAGGAUUGGUCUGUUAUUCAGCAUGUUCCUGAAGUAUUCAAAAUAUGAUGACGUUCUUCAAUGAGGACGGGGAUGUCUUCUCCUACCACUAGCAGCCUAAGAAGAAAUCUUCGGAACUAGUAUUUACCUUGAGUAGUUCUGAUUCAUGUUGCAAGGACACCGCUACAUUGGCUCAGAGUCCGGUUGGAGUAGCAGUUGCACCAGCAGUGCUCAUCGUGAGAUACAUCUACAAAGCUCACAAUCGUAUGACAAGUAUACACCAUUAUUUUAUCCUAUUAAGUACUAUCUGUAUGAUAUAGUAACACCAUACUCCUACAUUUUCCUAUUUUGUCCGUCCUACUGAGAUUACUACAUUUUCAUUUUCAAAAUUGACCACACACACCCUCACUUUUGUACCUUCUGCACAUUUUAAUUUUGUCUUAUUAUCUUCAAAACCGAACCAAAAUUUUGUGUUAUGUGAUGCUCAAGUGUAGCAAUCUCAUCACGAUAGAAGAGUAUAUGUGAAGUUAUUGCUCAUAAUAUUAGCCAUGACCUAACCCAUCUUGGAUUGUUGUAUGAACUAUGUAAAGAAAGAUUCUGUACACUAUUUUGGAUAAAUUUGCUUGGUCAAAUAUCUUGUAUAGAUUUGCUUAUUCUGGGUUUCUGAUUAAUGUGGUUUAUGCAAGUAUAUUGUAAUUAUUAAUUAAUGAUGUUAAGUAGACAAUGGCUUUAUGGCAUGAUCUUUAUUUGUUGCAAGUUUUAUAUGAAGGAUAAGCUUGUCUUGCUACU